GUUGUACCUCCAGUCGGUCCAGCCUCUCAGCCCAGCCAGACAGCCAGCCCACCCCCAGUGCCUUUGGGAGCAGGGGACCCCAGCCGGGCCGUUUUGGUGGGCACAGGAGUCUGAAGAAGAGGAGGAGGAAGGAGAGAGGAGGAAGAGGAGAGAGUACGUGUACUCAGAGUAGAGGAGUCAACGCUGGAAAUGCCCAUCAGGUGAGGCCAUCCUGGAACAACUUCUGGGGAUCUGAGCCUGUCACAGCCUCGGCCAAUCACAGCCUGCGUUAGAGGUGGCGGCUGCGUGUGAUUGGAGGAUGGCGACCAUGCCGUUCGUCAGCGAGGGAAAGUGUGUGAGCGUGGAGUGGGACUUCCUACAGGGACUACUGGCCAAACCCCCCACCCUGCCCUGUUUGCAGAACCUGCGGAAGGAGAAGUCUCGUAAUGCAGCUCGUUCCCGUCGCGGUAAGGAGAACUUUGAGUUCUUUGAGUUGGCUAAGAUGCUCCCUCUCCCCGGAGCCAUCACCAGCCAGCUGGACAAGGCCUCGGUCAUCCGCCUCACCAUCAGCUACCUGCACAUGCGCACCUUCGCCAGCCAGGGAGACCCGCCAUGGUGCCCCCUGCUGGAAGGAGAGAACCACUACAGCAAAG